AUGGGAAUCGGUCUCUUCCAGCGUAGCCGCAAGGUAUCCAAGUCCAAGUCCAUGUCACCACCACCCUCCCGUCUCGAUAAGCUUAGCCUGCGGGUACUGGUCGACUCAGGCCCCAAUGCUCGCGAAGUCAUUGUCAUCAGCAUCAACGGGUUCGACUCCGUCGACGCGAUCCGCUCAGCCGUCACUGCUCAGAUCGGUCACCACUCUAUGAGCCUUUUCAAAGUUUCUAUCCCAUGGCAGGCAAAUUACCAGGCCUCAGCCUACACCGAACGAUACGGGGUGCCAGCAUCCCUCCUCUCUGUCUUCCCCGGUCACAGCCUUGACGACCCUGCACAGCUGUCGGCCAGCGGCGGCCUGCGACUUCCGGCGUAUGCGCCUGGGACGGGUUCACUACGGUCCCGUCGCUCUGUGCGCUGGAGCUCCGCUGCUUACACGCCCACCGUGCGUGAUUGGUUCCCGGCGGGCGGCAACGCCGAGGCCAUCGAUGUUCUCGUCCGGACAGCGUCGUCAUCCGCCUCGUCCCCAUGCGUCCCCGUGACUCUCUCCGCGCGCUUCACGUGUGCUUCCUCUUCCUAUCCUGCCGAAGAGGUUAUUCUCGUCGACAUUGCCCCCACAGCGACCGUUGCCGAGCUCAAGGUUGCCCUUCUUCUCGCUGCCGGCCGGCCGGCGCCCUCGGGAAGACUCGGCAGCUUGACCCUCUGGCGCGUUGACAUGUCAGCUUAUGACCUCGCCUACCUCGACGCACAGGGCGCCCUCGACGAUGGACAGCGCCCAGCUCCUCUACCCCGCAGCAUGGCUCCUCCCAUUCCUCUUCAGGACCCGAACGCCCGCGUCGAAGACUACUUUAGCUCGCGCUGCUCUCGCGCCGAUCCCUUCCACAUCGACAUCAGCGCGCACAUUGCCGACUCCGCUGUCACAGCCCUUGCUCCUCGUACUAUCGCGCCGCCCUUCACCUACCCCAUGCCGGCAUAUCUUCUGGAAGCCCCGCGUGAGAGGCAGCGCAGCGUUGCUCCUCUCCCUACCGACAGCUAUGGCUACAGCAACAUUUCAGCAUGGGCUUCGGCCACUGAGUGCGCAACGGAUUUCAACCUCGUCGCCGCAGAGUUCACCUACCCCUCCCCCCGGCUUCCUGAGGCAGACGAGGAUGCUGGCCGUCCUUUCGUUUGCGCCGUCGGUUAUGAGAAUCUGGGCUCGCCCGGCCUUAUUGGCCUUGGCAUCACCAUGUCGCCGGCCCCAAGCACCGACACAUGCUCUUCGCGGGACGAGGAGUGCGUAUCGUGGCCGCCUACUCCCCGCAUGCCGAAUGAGGGCACGUUUGAGGACGCUUCCGUCACCGCUCUCUCGCUUGGGUGGACCCCGGUGGUCAAGGACGAGUCGCAGACUCCUAAGCAUCUCCAAACAAUGUUUGUACCUCCUACUCCCACUUUCGCCUAAUAUGUAACAUAGCACUCGGC